CCAAUCAAGGUGCGUUUGUGUCUGUUGACUGGGACUGUGAUUGAUCCCCUUUGAAACUCGAAUUCGGUACUUUAGUUAUCGGCAAAAGCUUACUGCAUCUCUACGGGACAUAAUACAAUCUGUCAUGGUCUAGAUUUCCAGCCUCCUCACCCGUUUCGGAAAAUCUCGCACGUUGUGGGAUUGUCACCAGCAGCGCACGGUUACGGCGUGAGGGAAAGCAACAGGAUGGAUUUACUGGAGGCGAUGCGAAUCGGCUUUCGUUUCGGCGUGCGUUUGGUAAACUAAGGUUUGGGAUUGUUUGGAGUGGUUGAUUGAAUUUCCCUUGGACAGGCUGUGGCGUUGGCGCUGGUCGUCGCUGCCCCCCCUCAGAACACACUUUUGCGACGCUGGCUCUUGGUGCGCUUGGUGGCUAUUGCGCGGGCCUGUAGUUUGGCUUUGUUGCUGCUGCGAGGCAGCUAUCCGUUUGUGUUGUGUUCCGGAGGUUCUAACAAGCUGCCGGUCGCAUCUUUUGGCUCAAAUUUGGCUCGCAACGGUAGUGGUCUUGGUGUUUGGCGACGGGAUGUAGAUUCAUUGGGCCGUGCAGUUGUGCCAUUCUGUUGCGUCGGAGCUUGUGAUGGAGCUCGGAGGGUGACUGCUGGAUUCUGCUAAAGAGAUUGAGUUUCGGUCAAACCUUGAGGAGAGGGAAUUGAGUUGUGUUUGGCUGUAUCUGACGGCACGAUUCGGUGGCUGAAAUGGCGCAGUCUGGCUGCUUGGACGUUGGUGAUGGAGAAGUCUUGGUGGAUAGUGGACAUCGGAUUGGGGUAGUUAGCAUCUGAGAUGAUUUCAGUAGGUGAAUCGUAGAUGUCGUGAUGUGCGCGUUUGGAAUGAUGUGGUGAAAGAGAUGGUUCUGGUCGCACUAGUGUGCAUGCAUGCGUGUGUGCGUGCUCUUCGGAGCUUAAAGAUCCCGACGAGUUUUUGUGAGGUUCGCGUCCAUUUGCAUCGCGUAGAAUCUGGUGUAUGAUUCAUCUUCGAAGAGCUUUUUCCUCAUCCGUGUCCAGUUCUGGGUAUUUAGGGUUUUCGAUGUUCUCGUGGUCGCUGGCUCGAAUAAUGCGGUGUGCGAGGAUACUUUCCUGAGUUAAUUUCUAGGAAGAGGUCGGAUUGCCUCUCGCUCGGGGUCAAAUUGAUUGUGCCUGACCGCAGAAUGAGCAUUUGAGCGUGCUGCAGAGUGCAAGCGUGAACUCUCUCAAUUAUUGAGAUUUGGAGAUUGAGUAGAUGGCUUGAGUAUCUUUGCCUGGAUUCCCAGCUUAGUUCCGGUAGUCAGCCAUCGAGCCAAUCUGCGUUAGAUCCUUGGCUAUGGCAAAGUGCGGGAACGAAGUGGAGCUUUGACAGGAAAUCAAUAAGUGGUGUGAAUAUGGAGGGAGGGACAUGUACUCAGGGCUCGAUAGGACCUCACGUUCCGUCCGUGGCAGCUGUAAAGCAAGAACCACGGACGGGCUCCUGGUCGUCACAGGACAACAAGUGCGAGUUGGCAAUGGCAUCAAAGCCGGCACUGGACAAGGACUUUCUCUGCCCUAUUUGCAUACAAACAAUGAAGGACGCCUUUUUGACUGCAUGUGGACACAGCUUCUGUUACACGUGUAUUAUGACACAUCUGAGCAACAAGAGUAAUUGUCCUUGCUGUGGACAGUACCUUACCAAUAAUCAACUGUUCCCGAACUUUUUGUUAAACAAGUUGUUGAGAAAGGCCUCCGCCUCCCAGCUCGUCAGCAAUGCAUCUCCUGCUGAGCAUUUACGACUUGCUCUUCAGCAGGGUGUAGACCUACCUGUAAAGGAGCUGGACUCACUCAUGCACUUACUUUCUGAUAAAAAACGGAAAGCUGAACAAGAAGAAGCCGAGGCCAAUAUGGAAAUUUUACUUGAAUUUUUACAUCGGUCUCGACAACAAAAGAAUGAAGAGCUUAAUCUUUUGCAAGGAGAUCUUCAGUUUCUCAAAGAAGACAUUAGCACCGUCGAGAAGCAGCGGCAAGACCUGUUACACAUUACGGAGAAAAAUGCUCUAAAGAUUCGCAUGAUCGCGGGUGGACCGUCAUCCUCUAGGCCAGAUACAUUAGCUACAAAUGAAAACACAAGUAAGGGUGAGGCAACUUCUCAGAGUCGAGGUGGUCAGUUUGGAGCGUCAGUACCAUCCAACUUGCCCCCAGCUAGUCUUAAGAGAGAUUACAGAGGACGUGUCACUUCUAUUGGGACCUACAAGGAGAUGAUAGGAGGUGACGUAUCAUUGAGUAAAAGUCAAUCAGAAUUGAAAGCGCUGACACCUUCACCAGCGGUCUUGACGAUGGCAAAGAAACGCCGUGUGGUGGCUCAGAUCGAGGUUUUGCAAGAGGCCUAUUUACAGCGCAGAAGGAAAGUAGCACAAGUUCAUCGUCAGGAACAAAAAGUGCAUGAGACAAUCGUGCGCAAGGAUGAAGAGGUCAACUCUGCCCGUGCCGACCUGUACAGUUCCGGUUUAGACGAUUUCCAGUCCGUUCUGACUGCAUUUACACGCUACAGCCGGUUGAGUGUAAUUGCAGAGCUGCGGCACGGAGAUUUGUUUCAUUCCUCAAACAUUGUUUCAAGCAUUGAGUUUGGUAGGGAUGAUGAGUUGUUUGCAACAGCUGGAGUUUCAAGGAGGAUUAAAAUUUUUGAAUUUGCAACGGUUGUCAAUGAAUUCGCUGGUGUACACUGUCCAGUAGUGGAAAUGUCAACAAGGUCAAAAUUGAGCUGCCUCAGCUGGAACAAAUAUAUCAAAUCACAUAUCGCCAGCAGUGAUUAUGAGGGGAUUAUUACUGUCUGGGACGUGAAUAGGCGCCAGAGCAUAACGGAGUAUGAAGAGCAUGAAAAGAGGGCAUGGAGUGUGGAUUUUUCACGAACUGAUCCCACUAUGUUAGUCUCGGGAAGCGAUGAUGGCAAGGUGAAGAUAUGGUGUACGAGGCAAGAGUCAAGCGUGAUAAAUAUAGAUAUGAAAGCAAAUAUUUGCUGUGUGAAGUACAACCCAGGAUCAAGCAACUAUGUUGCAGUUGGUUCUGCGGAUCAUCAUAUUCAUUAUUUUGAUGUGCGUAAUUCUCAUUUACCGUUGUAUGUGUUCAAUGGUCACCGAAAAGCUGUUUCGUAUGUCAAAUUCCUAUCUCCAAACGAGUUAGCAUCCGCAUCUACUGAUAGUACUUUGUGUCUUUGGGAUGUCAAAGAGAACUGCCCGAUAAGGACACUAAAAGGUCACACCAAUGAAAAGAAUUUUGUUGGACUUACUGUCAACAGUGAGUAUAUCGCCUGUGGCAGUGAAACAAACGAGGUGUUUGUGUAUCACAAGGCUAUGUCUAAACCAGCAUCUUGGCACAGAUUUGGAUCUGAAGAUGCGGGGGAGAGCGAUGAUGAUACCUCCCACUUCAUAAGUGCCGUGUGCUGGAAAAGCGAGAGUCCUACUAUGCUUGCCGCCAAUUCACAAGGCACAAUCAAAGUCCUGGUCCUUGCUCCCUAAUUCGUUCCUAACUAUAUCUAUAAUGCUGUUCAGGCCACGAGCUGUAAUUACGUAACAUGGUUCCAGGGCGUACCUUAAUUUUUCACGAGGGAUAUCUAUCCCAGUUUUGAGUGGUUCUUGUAAUUCUUCUCCUGAUUUUUACACAUGAAAGUUGCAUAGGUUUACCUGUCCUGGAAGUUUCAAUUGACAGUUUCCUGCAACUCACCUUCGAAAGUUUUUUUUUUUUUUUAGCGACAAAUGCUAGUGGUGUAAAUUCCGAGACUUUUGUGGACACAUUGCCCCUUGUCAUGGUCCACCUAUUACCCCAAUCGGAUGCUGUCAUUUUAAUUAGCAAAUGUUCCUCUCUUCGCAUGACAGACGAUGAACUGGUGGACCUUUGGUUGCAACACUGGUGAGUCAUGUUAUGCAGUUUUUCUUUUGCUAAAUCUACUAGGUCGUAGAUGUGUUGGGUACAGGGUGCGAUUCCAUUACUCUGGAAUAGCGGCCUGAUAUGCAAUCAGCAAGUCACUAUUUGCAUUGGUUAGAUGCAGGAUUGAGAAGAUCAAUUUAGUGUCGUCAGGAGAUCUAAAGCAUUCUUCAAGGAGUUUCUGAAGCUCUCAGACGUCGUGGAAACCAAAACAUUUUUUCAUGAUGUAAUAUUGUAUUUUUUUCUCUUGAGAUUUGAGUGUAUCUGAAGUAGUAUUUUCCCUACAUUUGGAAUUUUAA